GUCGCAUCAUCUCCAUGCAAUGGUCAAGGUCCAUGGUCGGCUUGCAGGGUCACGGUUACGGAGUGCUGCGAGCGAGUGCGACUAUGAUUUUAAGCCUCAAGCCUCAAGCCUCCUGACCCUUGAGCCUUAAAGCUAUCACAUACAUCCUCAACCCCCCAAGCCCCUGCCUACUGCACGAACUAGACUGCCACUUCAGAUUGACUUCGGACGACAUACCACCAAACCCGCUCCCUGCCAAGCCGGUACUCAUCAAUGCGCCUUUCACCAUUCGCUUGAUCUUGACCAGCUGUAGACUUGAUCGCGUUCCUUCCGCUUCCAUCACAUCAUACCGCAGUCAUGUCGACAACGCCCGCUCCGCCUGAGGACCAGGCACGACUGCUCGAGGAUGCCUUGAUAGCCGUGCGCCAGCAGACAGUCCUCAUGCGCAAAUGUCUCGAUCAAUCGGGGAAGCUCAUGGACGCCCUCAAGUGCUGCUCUACUCUCGUAUCAGAGCUCCGAACCAGCAGCCUGGGCCCCAAGCAGUACUACGAGCUAUACAUGGCCGUCUUCGACGCCUUGCGAUACCUCUCCGUUCAUCUCCGAGAGAACCACCCACACAACCACCUCGCCGAUCUCUACGAGCUCGUCCAAUACGCCGGCAAUAUCAUUCCCCGCAUGUACCUCAUGAUCACCGUCGGCACCGCCUACAUGUCCAUACCCGAGGCGCCUGUCAAAGAGCUCAUGAAGGACAUGAUGGAUAUGAGCAGAGGUGUCCAACAUCCCAUACGAGGCCUGUUCCUCCGAUACUACCUUUCCGGCCAGGCCAGAGACUACCUUCCGACCGGCGACGGUGAUGGGCCCGAGGGAAACCUCCAGGACUCCAUCAACUUCGUGCUCACCAACUUCGUCGAGAUGAACAAGCUUUGGGUGCGGUUGCAACACCAGGGCCACUCGCGCGAUCGGGAGCAGCGCACACGCGAGCGCAAAGAGCUGCAGCUCUUGGUCGGCAGCAACAUCGUGCGCCUGAGCCAAUUGGUAGACUUGGAGGCAUACACCAAUGGCAUCUUGGCGCCACUGCUCGAGCAGGUCGUCCAAUGUCGCGAUGUCUUGGCCCAAGAGUAUCUCCUCGAGAUUAUUACCCAGGUCUUCCCCGACGAAUUCCACCUGCACACCUUGGACCAGUUCCUUGCCGCCGUGUCUCGACUGAACCCCCAUGUCAAUGUUAAAGCCAUCGUAAUCGGCUUGAUGGAUAGACUGUCGGCAUAUGCUGAACGAGAGUCCCAAGUCGAAGGCAGUGACGACCGGGGCAAAUUGGAAGAGGACGCUCUGGCAGAUCUCUUGGAGAAGGUACGACUAGGAAAGGAGCAGCAGGAGGCAAAACCAGACGCUGCCGAGUCCUCGGAAAAUGCGAACAGCAAUGGCGACGGCGACGGCAAGGGCGACGAGGAUGAGCACAGAAAUGGAGCCACGGAAGAAACACCAGCCGAUGAAGGCGCCGAAUCUGUUACCGAAGCUGAACCCUCUAUCGCCGAGACGGAAACCACUGCGGUAGACGCAGAAGGUGAACAACCAGACGAGUCACUCAAGAAGGAACGCGGCAUUCCCAAAGACGUCAAGCUGUACGAGAUCUUCUUUGACCAAGUCAACAACCUCGUUGCAGCGCAGCACCUGGCCAUCCAAGAUACAAUCGCAUUACUGGUAUCCCUUACAAAUCUGGCUCUGAACAUCUACCCCAACAGACUGGACUAUGUCGACCAGAUUCUCGAUUAUGCGAACCGGAAGGUGCGGGAACACGCAAAUAGCGCCGACUUGCACUCGCCGCCAGCACAGCAAAGCUUGCUGGCACUCCUACAAGCACCACUCAAGAGAUACGUCUCCAUCUUUACAGCAUUGUCGCUUCCAACAUAUGUAUCCCUUUUUCAGUCACAGACUUAUCCGACGCGGAGAGCUGUCGCUGGCGAAGUUGCCAGGACUCUCCUUCGAGAGCACACAUUAAUAACUACCCCCACACAACUGGAAAACGUCCUCGAGGUCCUCAAAGUCCUUAUCAAGGAAGGAUCUCAACCUCCUGCCGGUUAUCCCGGCGGCCCACAAAGGCGAGUAGUAGAGACGGACGAAACAAUCGAGGAGCAAGGUUGGCUCGCACGACUUGUCCAUCUCCUCCAAAGCGACAACAACGAUACCCAGUUCAAGUUGUUGCAAAUGAUUCGCAAAGCAUACGGCGAAGGUGCUGAGCGCAUUCGGACAACCACCCCACCAAUUAUCACCUCUGGCAUGAAGCUCGCUAGACGUUUCAAGUCUCGCGAGCACUACGACGAUAAUUGGGAAACACAAUCCUCCGCAUUGUUCAAGUUCAUGCACUCAGCCAUCUCUGGUCUAUAUGCUCGUGUCAAUGGCUCUGGAACUGCCGAGCUCGCCUUGCGACUGUUCAGCGCUUGUGGUCAAACCGCUGACAUGACUGGCUUUGAGGAGGUUGCGUAUGAAUUCUUUGCCCAGGCAUUUACAGUAUAUGAAGAGGCUGUUAGCGACUCCAAGGCUCAGUUCCAAGCCGUUUGUGUAAUUGCCAGUGCCCUCCACCAGACGCGCAACUUCGGCAGGGAAAAUUACGACACGCUUAUUACAAAGUGCGCUCUUCACGGUAGCAAGUUACUGCGCAAGCCCGAUCAGUGUCGGGCGGUCUACCUGGCAAGUCACUUGUGGUGGGCAACCCCUAUCGCAGCUGCACAGGAAUCCGAGGAGAAUUUGUACCGCGAUGGCAAGCGUGUUCUCGAGUGUCUUCAAAGAGCGCUUCGGGUCGCCGAUAGCUGUAUGGAGCAGGCGACCUCGAUCGAGCUGUUCGUCGAAAUCCUGGAUCGUUAUGCCUACUACUUUGAACAGCAAAACGAAUCGGUUACGACCAAGUACUUGAAUGGUCUUAUCGAACUUAUCCACUCUAAUUUAAGUACCAACCAACAAGACUCUGCAAGUGUUGAAAGCAGUAAGAAGCACUUCAAGCAGACAUUGGAGAAUAUCGCUAGUAGGGGCUGGGAAGGGGUCGUGCUCUAUCCGCAAAAGUGAGGUGACCCUGGUUUGAGAAAGUGAAACUGAGCGACAGGAAAGUGCGACUAGUCUGCGGUGCUAAGAGAAAAGGGCGUUCAUGAGAUCGCACACUGCAUACCCAACCACCAUUGCACGCAAGGGAACAAGAGAUUGGAGACAAAGAGGUGUAUGAGAUUUUGCACCAGAUCGAAUUAGCGGUAUUGGGCAGAUGAAACGAAUAAUUGUACAUACUUUGUAACAAGCCUGUUGCCAACACGAGAGAUGUAUACCAUGAGUCGCACGACUUGAAAUGUAUAUCAUACUGUAUGGUCUGUUCAUCCGCCCAGGGCGGCUAGGUGAUAGCCUUCUUAGCAUCUUUCGAUGCUUCAUUAACAAUCUUAGUUUCCUAGCG